ACCCUCCUCCAUUGACGGACAAAUUAUCAUAUGACAAGAAAGUACUUGUCUAGAUUGAAAGGGAAGUCAACUAAGGAACCUAACUCAAGCUAUAGCUAAUAUAUUAUGAUGCAUGGAUUUACCAUAUUAAUAGAGUUGAAACCUGAUUGAAGAAGAAAGCAGGAAAUUAGAAAUCUAAUAGUUAUAUUAUGACAGAUCACCAGCAGAGGAUUCAUCCUGUGGUGGACGUCGAAGCACCAGCCCCCACGACGCCUUUGGUGCCUCAUGGAUCGGCUACAUCGGAGAAAGGCAGCCCGAUUCAACAGCGUCCACCACAACGAACCAUUCCGGUGAGGCCACCACCACCACCAAGGAAGCGAAGCUGUUGUUGCAAGUGCAUAUGUUGGACAGUUAGUCUCAUUGUCGUCCUCCUCAUAAUCCUGGGUGCCACUAUCGGCAUUCUCUACCUUGUCUUCCGCCCCCAACUCCCCAAAUACUCCAUUGAUAGCCUGAGAAUAAGUGAUUUGAGGCUCAACUUCGAUAUGACCUUGUAUGCGAAAUUCGACGUUAAGAUCACGGCCAAUAACCCCAACAAGAAAAUCGGGAUAUACUACGAGAAAGGAGGGCGAUUAAGCGUGUGGUAUACAAACUCAAAGCUUUGUGAAGGGUCAUUGCCAAAGUUCUACCAAGGUCACCAAAACAUAACAAAGUUGGAAGUGGUGUUAACCGGACAAACCCAGUCAGGAAGCACUUUGAUGUCGGCCUUGCAAGAGCAGCAGCAAACAGGACAGAUACCGUUGGAUCUUAAGGUUCAUGCACCUGUCGCAGUUAAACUAGGCAAGUUAAAGAUGAGAAAGGUCAAGAUCUUGGGAGAAUGCAAAUUGGUUGUUGAUAGUUUAUCUGCUAACAACAUCAUUAGCAUUAAAGCCAGUAACUGCAAAUUCAGAUUGAAGCUUUAAAUUCUUCUCUUCAUUUUUAUUUUUAUUUUAUUAUUUUUUUAAAGUUUACUUUGUAUGUACUUACUGUUAUUGAGCUUCCCAGUUUUCUGAUGAGGUCUUUGCCCUCCUUUUUUUUUUUUUCUUAUUUUGUUUAAUUUGGGUCAAAAAUUGAUUUUACACUAUAUUGAUAUGCCAUUCAAGUUGUUAUCUGAAAUUCAUCACUUCAUGGAUGUUUUUAUGAAAUAAAUUU